CCCCUCACAGGUCACAGCCUCACUUGUCACCUCGGCAGCUUGGAACUUUUCGCCAUGGGGAGGAGGCCGGCGAGGUGCUACCGCCAGAUCAAGAACAAGCCUUACCCCAAGUCGCGCUACUGCCGGGGCGUGCCGGACCCGAAGAUCCGCAUCUUCGACGUGGGGCAGAAGAAGCGGGGCGUGGACGAGUUCCCGCUGUGCGUGCACCUGGCGAGCUGGGAGAAGGAGAACGUGACGAGCGAGGCGCUGGAGGCGGCCCGGAUCGCCUGCAACAAGUACAUGGCCAAGCACGCCGGCAAGGACGCCUUCCACCUCCGCGUGCGCGCGCACCCCUACCACGUCCUCCGCAUCAACAAGAUGCUCUCCUGCGCCGGCGCCGACCGGCUCCAGACGGGCAUGCGCGGCGCCUUCGGCAAGCCCACGGGGAUGUGCGCCAGGGUGCACAUCGGACAGGUGCUGCUCUCCGUGCGCUGCCGCGACGUGCACGCGGGGCACGCGCAGGAGGCGCUGCGUCGGGCCAAGUUCAAGUUCCCCGGGCGACAGAGGGUCAUCGUCAGCGGCAAAUGGGGUUUCACAAAGUUUAAGCGCCAAGAGUAUCUCACGCUCAGGAGCGAGGGCCGCAUCGUCGCCGAUGGUGUCAACGCCAAGUUGCUCAGUUGGCAUGGGUCGCUCGAGGGUCGCCAGAGGGGCAGAGGUGUCUUUCCACCCUCCACCGUAGGAUCGGCUUGA